CCACCAACCAACAAGAUUGACAACGAUUUCACUGGCCGAUCUCCAUAUCUGAAGGUCCCAACUAAGUUGACACGCCAGACUUCAGCAUAACAGUCCGGGCAGCAAUUUGCCUCUAGCUUCUUCUUUGUCAGGCAUGGAGAAGAGCAGGGUUCUUGUCGUUGGAGGCACCGGCUACAUCGGCAGGAGGAUCGUGAAGGCAUGCCUAGUUCAGGGCCACGAGACGUACGUCCUGAUGAGGCCGGAGAUCGGCCCUGGCCUCGAUGUCGAGAAGCUCCAGCUGCUGCUGUCGUUCAAGGCGCAGGGAGCGCGGCUCGUGGAGGCGUCGGUGGACGACCACCGGGGCCUCGUUGCCGCCGUGAAGCAGGUGGACGUGGUUGUCUCGGCCAUGUCGGGGGUUCACUUCCGUGGCCACAAGCUCCUGCUGCAGCUCAAGCUGGUGGAGGCUAUCAAAGAAGCUGGAAACGUCAAGCGUUUCCUACCAUCGGAAUUCGGCAUGGACCCAGCAAGGAUGGAGCAUGCCCUUGAACCAGGAAGGAUCACAUUUAAUGAGAAGAUGGAGAUAAGAAGGGCGAUAGAAGAAGCAAACAUUCCCCACACCUAUAUUUCUGCUAACUGCUUUGCUGCUUACUUUGGUCCUAACCUUGGUCAAAUGCGUACCCUACUUCCACCCAAAGAGAAAGUUCACGUAUAUGGGGAUGGCAACAUCAAAGGGAUAUUCAUGGACGAAGAUGAUGUUGCAACGUACACAAUCAAGUCCAUUGAUGAUCCACGGGCCUUGAACAAGACAAUAUACCUAAGACCGCCAGAAAACAUCCUUAGUCAAAAUGAGCUGAUUGCUAAAUGGGAAAAGCUCUCAGGAAAGGUUCUUGAGAAAAUUCCCAUUCAAAGUGAUGAAUUCUUGGCAUCAAUGAAAGGUACGGACCUUACUAAUCAAGUUGGGGUAGGGCAUUUCUACCACAUUUUCUAUGAGGGUUGCUAACAGCAAAAGAGAUGUCAAGUCUUGUAGCACUGGCUAAGUACAUAAGCGAGCCAAUAAUUUGAGAAUAUUUCAA